AUGGCUGACGAUGCUAAUACAUUGAAGCCUUAUAAAUGUCAGCAUGAUGGAUGUGACAAGUCCUACACGCGAUUCUAUCAUGUAGUUAGACAUUGUUCACAGUUCCAUCGGUGCUCCGGUGCCAAAAACAUCUGUCCAAACGAGAUACACUUUAGGACUGAAAAGGGAUCGGUUAUCAAUCUAGAGACAAGAGAAAGAAAGAAAAAGCCUAAAACAACAACGACCACCGGUGGUGGUGGAGGACGUGUUAGUGGUGGUGGUAGUGACUCUGACUAUCAUUACUACACAACAAGCUCAUCGGGUACACCACCAGAACAUCGAUAUGGAGCAAGAUCCACCAGAGGAGUACAUUCUAACAACUAUAACAAUCAAGAGUUUGAUAUUUAUAACAACUAUAAUAAUAAUAAUAGUAAUAGUAAUGAUAACAAUAUUAGUAAUAGUGGUCAUAGUCAUGGUCAUAAUUAUAGUACAGAUGACUCUAUGAUUUAUACAGAGAAGCCGUCACCCAACAAACUACUGAUAAUUAAGUGUCCACAUCAAUCGUGUACCCGUUGUUUCACAACAAAGGAAAUGCUUAGCAGUCAUCUGAAAGAGAUCGAACACAAUUGUCAGAGUCCAUUCCUUUGCAGAGGUUGUGAGAAGCAAAAAGAAGUACAAUCAAGGAAUAAGCAAAGAAUGUUAGACGAGCAACAUCAACAACAGGUGCAAAAUAAUAAUAGUAACAACAACAACAACAACAACAAUAAUAAUAAUAGAACAUUAAAACUUUCUAUUAAAAGAAAAGCAGAAACAAAUUUAGCAGAUAAUAAUAAUAAUGAGAGUGAUGAAGAGACAGAGGAUGAAGAUGAAGAAGACAUAGAUGAUAAAAUUAAAAUGUUACAUAAUCAAAGACAAGAUAAACCUUUAAAAUUAAAUAUUACAAACCAACAACUUCAAAAUAAUAUUAAUAGUAACAACAAUAAUAUCAAUAAUAAUAAUAGUAGCAACAAUAAUGCAAUUUCUUUAAAACCACCUUUAGUUCCACCAUCAAUGUUAUACGCAGAACUAUAG